UUGGUUGAUAGAGUCUCCAAGGAUUGGCAGACCAAACUUCUCCCUUGUUUCUAUGAGUGGGAAGCUCCCUCACUUAGGCCAUGGACCUUGAUCUAGAUUCCCAGAGGUUAUGGGAGAGUUGAGCUCUGCAGGCCUGGGGGCUCUUGGUCCUUGUGACCCGCAGUCAGAAAAGUGGGAUCAGCCGGCCCAAGGGGCAGGACCUGGCAGCCCCCCAGUCACUGCGUUCGGGAGGUUAUUGUAGCUGUCAGAGCGCAUCCUCCUCUCCCAGGAGGCCCAGCGUCCCCGGGGAGACGCAGCGCCCCAGCGGUCUGCCCUUCGGCCUCCGCCGGGACCGGCAAGCUGCGCGUGGGGGGACGCCUACAAAACGGGGCUGGCUCCCGAGCCAGGAGCCCAGGCGGGCGCCAUACUGGAAACUAAAAUGGCUGCCCCGGGGAAGGGAGCUCAGUUCGGGCCGUGACGAGCGGCGCCCUCGCCUGCCCCAGCGCCAAUGGACAUCACCUCCCCGGCGCACCUCGGACAGUGAUGUAACCCUGCUGUGGACAUUGUUUCUGAAAUAGAAAUACAGUUUCCGCUUACCUACAUCUUGUAACAGACUAUUUCUCAGCUGACCAGAAAAAUGAUAAAGUUUUUUCUCAUGGUGAACAAACAAGGCCAAACAAGACUCUCCAGGUAUUAUGAACAUGUGGAAAUUCCUAAGCGGACAAUGCUAGAAGCUGAAGUAAUCAAAAAUUGCCUUUCCCGUUCAAAAGAGCAAUGCUCUUUCAUUGAGUAUAAGGAUUUUAAGCUGGUGUAUCGACAAUAUGCAGCCCUUUUCAUAGUGGUUGGAAUCAAUGAAACAGAGAAUGAGAUGGCUGUAUAUGAGCUAAUUCAUAAUUUUGUGGAGGUUUUGGACAGAUAUUUCAGCAGAGUGAGUGAAUUAGAUAUAAUGUUCAACUUGGAUAGAGUGCACAUCAUUUUGGAUGAAAUGGUGUUAAAUGGCUGCAUCGUGGAAACCAACAAAAACAGAAUUCUUGCACCUCUACUUGUCCUUGACAAAAUGGCAGAAAGUUAGAAACAAGCCUUCUGAGGAAUGGAUUUUACAAAGCAUUCCGAAAACCUCAAAACUCCAUAAAACUAUUGACUGAGACUGCCAAACGUGAAAUCUUGCAGCAUUUCUGUAACACACUGAAAGAUACCUAAUGCACCUUCCCCUUUUCUUCCUUUCUCCUCUGAUCCUAGAAAAUAUGACAUGCCACUGUUAAGAUAAAAGUCAGGGGUGAGGGGACAAAAGGAACUUAUUUUUCAGAGGUAAAUGUCAGCUGACACUUGUCUUGCUAAAAGUAAGCUUUUUGUGUUAGUAUUUAUAAUUUUUUUUGGAGGGGAAGGGAGGAAUAUUCUUGGUGCCUUGUAAUUUUGACAUACCCACAGCCAUACAAGCACUACAAGAAUACAGCUGGCAAGUAUGCUGCUGUGCUGUAGGUGCUUAAUAGAGCAAUGGAAAUGUUUUCAGCUGGUGUGUAAAUCUACCUACUAGCAAGGUGGAAUCUCUCUCUAUAGUGGAGUUGAGGAUGACUUAACUAUACUGUACAGAGUAUAUUUUUCAUAGCCCUGAGUGAUGUAGCUAGGUCAACUUAAAUUUUAGGUAUAGACCAGGCCUCAUUCAUUUCCAGAAAAAAGGGAGAUAUGGAGAAGGUGAGUUAGAAAAUGAGCAUAAUUCCAAGUUGUUUCAAUUCUUGAUUUAAUAUUAUUCAAAUUUGUUUAUAAGUAUGUAUCUCAAGUUCAGUCUUCUACAAGAUUGUCUUCACAAGAGCAGUUGUGUUGUAGGUUUUUAUAUAAAAGUGAUUGCCAAAUUUGUAUUUUCACAAUAGGUGUGGAGAAAGCAAAUACAGAAGAGUUAUUUAUUCCUUUCCAGAACACAAGAAUGAGGAGGAGGAGCAGGGGUUACCAAAUGAAAUCAAUAGGUGGCAGGUUUAAAACUAUCUAAAGGAAUUAUUUCCUCUCACAUUAACCUGUGGAACUCCUUCCCAGAAGAUUUUGUGAAAGCCAAGAAAAUAACAGGGUUCAAAAAAGAGAGAUACACAUUUAUGGAAAGGACCAUCAAUGGCUGUUAACCAGAAUAGACAGGGAUGGUGUCCCUAGCCUCUGUUUUGUCAGAAGUUUGGCAUGGUCGACAGGAGAUGGACCAUUUGAUGAUUACUUGUUUUGUUCAUUCCCUCUGAGACAUCUCAGAUUGCCCACUAUAAAAAGAAUACUAGGUUAGAUGGAUCUUUGAUUUGACCCAGUAUGGCCAUUCUUAUUCAAAUACUGUAGUUAGCUGUAAUAAGGUUUUUGAAUACUAUGGAAGUUGCAACUAAACUAUUUGGACACUUCAUGCUAUUGUGGUAUUAUGGUAAAACAAAGGUUAAUUGUUCUUUAUCAUACUAAGAAGGAAGUUGCUACUUAAGUAGUUUAAUUUUCUUAGUGUAGCAUAUUAGUAUUUUGCUUAGGAUCUUGAAAAUAAAGGCUUUCCUUUUCACAAUGGUAUUUUUCCAUUUACACUUCAGUGUCCUUGUUUGUAAUACCAGUAUUUUUUCACAUCUGUAGAAUUACAGUUUACUCCCAGCUGGGAAAGCCAACAAAAUUGUUGGUAAUGGCAUCAAUAAACUAAUUUUUUCCCCCUCCGAUCCACAGCAUACCAUUCAUUUUUCCCCCAAGUAUACUCAUGACUCAUCCAAGUCUUCACUAAAAUCAACAGUAGAGGCACCUUAGAUUUGAGUUUUCUAAUACUGACCGGAUGUACCCAAAUUAAUCCAAAAAUCUUUAGGAGCAGCAGAAAAACAGCCUGAAAGUAAAAUAUUGUGACAUGGACAACUGUCCUCCUUCCUUUACAAAAGUCACAGAAGAACUUCAGUAAUUACUUGAAUUUUCUAAUCACCUAGUACUGUAAACUAGGUUUACGCUGGUAUUGAGAAGCAAAAGCCUCCAUAUUUAAAUUAUCCAUCUUCAUUUCCUUUUAGACUAUCAUAUUUAAAGUAGGUCCCAGUGGAUCUUACACCAUCCAUUUGGUAAUUGUAAAUUAACAGCCAGCUACAUAGAGAAAGUGAAAAUUGUUUUGUCUGUACACUUUCAUUCUAGCACCCUCCCUGUCAGGCACUCUGACCCAGCCUCCAACAACUGUAUUUUACUUUUUCUAUUUAUUCACCUCUUAAGUAAUUACUUACAUUUCAUGACAAGAUUCUACUGUAAAAAGUUUGAUGGGUUCCAGAGAUCCACUUAAAAUGGUCAUCUGAUGGGUUCAUCAUACUACUAUGUCCACCUUUUUGCCCUCUCGGGUGCUCCACUACUCUGUCUUGCUGAUCCAAAAGCUGUGGUCUCCCCCAGCAAAGGCACAGAGUUGGGGUCACAGCCCAGAGCAGAUAAUUCAGCUUGGGGAAGGCUCAGUCAUAGGGACUUCACACAAUGUCCAGGAGCACAGCCCCAACAGAACCAGAACACCCAGGUCAAUCAAUCCUUCUUACUAAUAUUUUUACAGAGCAAGCUCAAAAGUCUGCUUCUUUUAUCAGUGAAAGAAAUAUGCAUAGCUGUAGUCCUCACCUUCUGCCCCAGUAACCAUUAUUUACACUGGGUUGAACACAAGGGUGACAUUAAAAAUAAAAAGUAGGAUUUAACUUGGCAGCCUCCUACUUUGGGCCUGAUCCUUCUCCAUGUUCAGUCUUAGGUGUUUCCAUCAGUCCUCUGGUGGUAAUCAGGAGGUGUCUAGGUGUCUCACAACUGCCAACUCUCCCAUUGUUUAGUUCUCUCUCUCUCUAGAGAUUUUUCCCGAAAGUUGUGUUCAGCUGAAACUCUUUCAUACCCUUAUGGAAAAGUGUUUCAUUCCAAAAUGUGUUGGCAAUACCACGUCUUGGCAGUACCAAGCCUAAUCCAGUCUUACAGUAAGCAUGAGACUAUUCAUAAAUCAUUACCAUCUGGAGAUGGGAAACACCCCAGUUGAAGACUGAUACAGUUAUUAUUCCGAUAAUCCAGCACCUUUUGGACCCAGGGGAUGCCGGAUUAUCAGAUAUGCCGG